GGCCAGAAACGACAGCGAAAACGGUUUCCCAGGACGAACGCGGCGCGUGCUCUAGAAAAGGAGAGCUGGAAAAACGCCAGCAGCGAAGCGCCAGGAGCGCUGCUGUCACAGUUUCCACCUAAGUCGAAGGAAAACAAGUCAAAAGGCUCGUUCAAGUGGCAGUUGCUUUUUUUGGGCCAAGCCAGUCAGCCAGCUAGCCAGGCCAGUCAGCCAGCCCAGCCAUCCAACGUUCGUUCGUGUGUGCCUUUUGUGAAAGUGAGUGUUAAAUAUGUGCUAAACUUUAUUUCAAAGUGUUCUAAUAUUGGAGCAGCUGAAGGCCAGGAAUAAUAGCCGCACUAAUCGGACCACUAUGAGCGACAGAGGAGGCCGGUAAUGAUGAGAGCAUGACGCGCGACGGCGAAAUUCCAGCCAUUUUCAAUCCGAAACGGGUGCGCACUCCCUCCGUGGUGGUCACCGGCGACUCCUCGACGAAUGGCCCGUACAACAGCAACAACUCCGGCGGAGGCGGCGGUGCGGGAGCCAGCAGCAGCUCGGCCAUCGCUCCCGGAUCGUCGGCCCAGAAUGGCAGUGGCGGCGGCGGGGCGGCGGGCAGCUGCGGCUUCAGCAACGUGCUCACCUCGAGCAACCCGCAAAUAACCCACCAAGACUCGAUCUCGUCGAGCCAGCAGGACCCCAACGAGGUGAUCAUCAUCCCGGCGGACACGCCCACCAGUGCUCCGGGUAGCCACAAUACGGGUCACCACUUCGGCGGGGGCGACUCCAGCGACACGCAGACGGAGCAGCAGCAGGCCAAUGGACACGGGGAGGAGCCGGAGCUGCGCUUCCGCAAGCUGCAGGCCUGCAAGGAGUCCUGCUGCUCCGAACUGGCCAGAAAGAUGUACUUCGGCGUGUGCGUGACCAUCCUGAUGACCGCCUCGUGGGUGGGGGCCACCCACUGCAUCAAGUACAUGUACAAGUACCGAGCGCCGUACGACGACUUGCUGAACGACGACCAGGACACGUCCUCGAGCCGCGCGGAUCUGAGCACGGAGCUGGAGGACAUACUGGCCAUCAGCGACUCGUCGCUGCACCACGUCGAGGACGCCACCGAGAUGUUCAACAUACCACCGCGCCAGCCCGUCUACUUCAGCGCCCCCUUCUUCGCCGCCUGGUUCUUCACCAACUUCUCGCUGCUCUUCUUUCCCAUCUACAUCCUGGGCUUGGUGUCCACGCGCAAGUGCGAGAAGCUGAGCGACAUCCUGGGCGAUGUGGUGCGGGGAUUCCGGGAGCGCGGCUUCACAGUGGGCCGCUUCCUCAAUCGCUGCCUCUGCUUCUGCAUUUUGUGGCUGGUCACCACCUACCUGUACACCCUCUCCCUGCACGUCCUCUACGCCACGGAUGCAUUGGCCCUGUUUGCCACCAACGUGGCCUGCGUUUACCUGUUAUCCUGGGUGAUCCUGCACGAGCAGUUCGUGGGCGUGAGAAUCGUGGCCAUCAUACUCUGCGACACGGGAAUCGCGCUGCUCGCCUACAUGGACGGAAUCACGGAAAGCCGAACCCUGAGCGGCGUGGUGCUGGCCACUUUGGCCGGAGCUGGGUAUGCCGUGUUCAGGGUUAUGUUCCGCAAGGUGAUGGGCGAUCCGCCGGUGAGCCAAAUCGCCUUCAUAUUCACCGCCCUCGGCUUCCUCAACGCCCUGCUGCUGUGGCCCGUGGUGCUGGGCCUCUACCUGACUGGCACGGAGAGCCUCACGUCGGAGAGCAUACCCUGGAACCUCCUGUUCGCGGCGAGCCUCCUGCUCCUCGUUUUCCACGUUCUGAUGCAGUUCAGUGCCGCCGUUACGUACAACAUGUUUGUGACAUUGGGUCUGAUUACCGCUGUGCCCGUUUCUGGUGCCCUUGAUGUCAUACUGUACAGUGCGAACUUUGCGGGCAUGAAGCUGGCCGGAGUCAUUCUGAUUGGCAUUGGAUUUUUCCUCGUUAUGUUCCCCGCCAACUGGCCAGACUAUAUAACGCGAUUGUUGCGAAAGAGCGUUCGUGCCAUACUCCGCUACCAAUGUUGUUGUGAAUUAGCCGAAAUUCGCUAUGCUCAUUCGAAGCAUCAUAAUGCUGGGUCACAAUGCGAGAUGGGGUCGCGGCCCUCGGAGCGGUACUUCAACAGGUCAGCAUCCCACCAUUAUCGACUAUCGGACGGGAUACAUAAGGUCCCAUCUUCGUUCACCCUCUGGCCGUGUGAGAUGACUGAUCUGUCGCCGACCACCACUGGGUUUCUACAUGGCCACGGCGGCGCCAACGCACAGCAUCACCAGCAACUUUUGCAUCAGCAUCAGCAUCAGCAGCACCACCACCACCAGCAGCACCACCCGAAUCAGACCCACCAGCAGCACCUCCAGCAGCAGUUCCACCACCGGCAGCACUCGCUCCACACGCAGCACCUGCAGCGGCAGCACUCGCACACCUCGCUGACCAAGAUCCACCGCCAGAGCAGCAGCCACAGUGUCCACGGCGGAGGAGGUGGCGGUGGCCGGAGCAGCUCGGAGCACCACCGGACCACCCAGGGAGCCACCGGCCGACUGUUCUCCUACUUCGGCAACGAGCAGGAGCACGAGCGCAAGAAGUCGGAGACGUCGUUCUUCAACCUCGGCUUCCGCCGCAAAUCCACCGUGGUCUACUACGCUCCGGCGGAUUGAGGUGGUCCUGGAUCAGGCAUAUCAAAACCAUUUCAGCAGAGGAUACAAUCAGAUUUAGAGGGUUAUACUUUGUGUGUCAUUAUACCAUAAUUCUUAUUGUCGUUGUUGUUGAUGUAAAAGUUCGAUCGGAUCGCAUGCAGUUACAAUUUUGCUCAAAUAUAACACAUUUAAAGGCUACAGUUACAGAAACAGAAUCAGAAUCAGAAUCGGAAACACCGCACGGGGAUUAGCUCCAGUGAAGCAUCAAUAAGUCCCUGCCACGCCUCUAAUCUCAAUUUCAGCCUCCAGUUACAGAAACCCAAGAACAGAGCCCGCGAAUCGAGCUCAAAAGUGCCCCGAAAGUUAACUAUAUACGGUUAUAAUUUAAUACUCAUAACUAUUACGAAAUUGUGUAAGGAAUCGAAGCCAAUUGUUUUAGCAAUUAUAUACAUUAAUUAUAAUGGCAAUGAAUAGUCAAAUAUUUUAAAGUGAAUUCACUCAAAGGCACACCUUAAAAAGGGAAGGAUAACGAACAAGAAGCCCAAGUUACUUAAGGAAAAUAGUUUAUAGACGUCACCCAACCAAUUCGAGGUUCACCCGGCUAAGAAACCCAUUAAUCUGUAAGCUCAUCUAGCCACUAGAUCCAAGCGGUUUUUCAUUUACACUCAACGUUAACUGUGGAUUGGGUUUUUGUUAAAGCUUUUUAUUUGAACGUGAACUGAAUGUGAGCCGAGAAAAAACGAAUCGAAGUAUUAGUAUUUUUUAAAUGUUAUGUGUUGUUCGUAAUUUGUAAUUCGAAGUGUUGUAGAGUCGAAAUGAAUCAACGAGGAUACUGUUGUAUUAACCCGACUGCCUCUGAAAGAUCAGGUUAUCCCCCAGUUGGAUCUCUCGGAUCAGAGCUGUCGCAUGUUAUAUGAACUAAGUUGUGUAGCCACAUCCAAUAAUUGAUUUGUGAUAGUUUUUAAAAUGUUUGAUAACCAACUGCAUACACUACAUACUUUUACCUACCCGCCCCCAAAAGAGAGGCAAUGGUAUAGCUGGGAUGUAUUUAGAACACACGAAACCGAACACGAAAUAAAUAGUUAAAACUGAAAACUGAA